CCUGCUAUGCGCUGCACGCUGCGGCCUGUACGUGGAUUUGGAGCAGCGGUCUCGAGUGAAAACCAUCAACAGGGUGAGAGCGGACUAACCCGGCCUAAACAUGAGCAAGAGGAAAGCGCCGCAGGAAAGCCUGAAUGAGGGGAUAACGGACUUCCUCGUAGAGCUGGCCAAUUAUGAGCGGAACGUGAACAGAGCCAUCCAUAAGUACAAUGCCUACAGGAAAGCAGCCUCUGUGAUAGCAAAGUACCCCACAAAAAUCAAGAGUGGAACAGAAGCCAAGAAACUGGAUGGUGUGGGAGCCAAAAUAGCAGAGAAGAUUGAUGAGUUUUUGGCCACUGGAAAAUUGCGGAAACUUGAAAAGAUUCGUCAAGAUGACACAGGCUCUUCUAUCAAUUUCUUAACGCGAGUCAGUGGAAUCGGGCCAGCAGCUGCUCGCAAACUAGUGGAAGAAGGAAUUAAGACUUUAGAUGAUCUAAGAAAUAAUGAGCACAAACUGAAUCAUCAUCAAAAGAUUGGGUUAAAAUAUUUUGAAGAUUUUGAGAUGCGAAUUCCACGGGAUGAGAUGCAUAAGAUGCAGGACAUUGUAUUUGAAAAGGUGAAAUGUUUGGAUACAGAUUACAUCGCCACAGUAUGUGGUAGCUUCAGAAGAGGUGCUGAAUCCAGUGGGGAUAUGGAUAUUCUCCUCACUCACCCAGACUUCACCUCAGAGUCUACAAAACAGCCACACCUUUUGCAUCAGGUCGUCCAGUGUCUGGAGGAUUGCAACUUUAUAACGGACACACUAGUGAAAGGAGACACCAAGUUCAUGGGCGUGUGCCAGCUGCCAUCUGAAGAAGGCAAACAGUUCCCUUUCCGUAGACUUGAUAUCAGGCUGAUCCCCAAGGACCAGUAUUAUUGCGGAGUUCUCUAUUUCACUGGCAGUGAUAUUUUCAACAAGAACAUGCGCACCCAUGCUCUGGAGAAAGGCUUCACCCUGAAUGAGUACACACUGCGGCCGCUGGGAGUCACAGGAAUAGCAGGAGAACCUCUUCCAAUAGACAGUGAGAAAGACAUCUUCGAUUACAUCCAGUGGAAAUACCGUGAGCCAAAGGAACGGAGCGAGUGAGAACAAGCCUCUAACCAUUAUCCAUUGUCACUACAGUGUUAUUCAGGUCCCCUGCUCAUCUAUUGUUACCAUGAAAAGUGCUUUCCUGAAGAAAUGUGAAAAUACCCAUCACAUCCAAUAUAUUACUACCAUAACAGAUGGACUCUUAAAAGUUGGAAGAGGUCACAAAGCUGUUACAUAAUGAUUGUGUUCUUUAAAUGUAAUAUUGAUUUUUUUAUUUUUUUAUUAGAACUUCGUACUGUGGAUAGAUUAGAGUGUUAUUGUAUAAACGGUUUGGGAAUAACUAUCACACUACCAGAUGUCCAUGUAGAAUAGAGGUCCUAGAUUUUAGAAGAAGACCUAACUCCAUGCUUAGGGCGGGAUGUACUAACCUGUGGCGGUACAUUCCGCCACACUUCGCAUUGAUACUAAUCUAAUAUGUACUGACAUGUAUUGUAUUGCAAAGCACCGCUCUUCCGAUAAGAACUGUCCUUUGCGAUGCAGGCACUUUCGGGUUUCGGCCCGGUAUGCGUAGAGGGACGAGAUGGCCAUGGAGGGUGCUGGGAGGGAUCCAAAUGUACGUAUGGGAAAUGCGGCCAAAGUCCGAAAACAGGCUUUUGGCCACAUUUUCCCUUUUGUACAUCCCGACCUCGGCCCUUUUGCCCCAUCUACAGAUGCAACAGUCCGCCCUGUGGGGAAGAGUAAGUAUAACACAGGAUUGUCCUAUUAUAUCCAACAAACACAUAAACACACACUGCUAUUGCAGUAGUUUCCUUAUAAUUCAAAAUGUAUAAUUGUAUGCAAAAUUAUUUUCAUUUAUUUUUAAACUGGACAGGUGUUGAAAUGUGUGGGUUUUUAUUUUCUUAGAUGGUAGGCUUUUUCCCAUUAAUUGUUUUACUUUUUUAUUUUAUUCUUUUAUGUAUAAAAUGAAGUUAAUAGUGUGCUUACACCCGUCCAGUUAAUGGUACAUGUGCGCCUAGGACGUUGGUAAUGACAUUGUAUAUGCCUACGCUGUCGGCGUCAGUGCUGAAUUUACUUGGAUGUACCAGGCCUAUCCCUAUAAAGGAGCAAUUUCAGGGGUCUAUCCAAUUAGAUGCAAGUUUCUUGCAACAGCCAUACUUUAACACAAACCUGUUCACAGCCCAUAUAAUGCUGGAAGCACUUUUGAGCGAAUUCAGGCUGAAAUUGGGCCGCAAGGGGUGCAAGAUGCAGUGCCAUUGCCAGUGUUGAAACGCUGCGGCAUCAGCACCUCGCACCCUUCGCAUUUAAUUAGAUUUUGUUUUUUUAAGCAAUAUGGUAAUUUUACAUGGAUCAUUGGGGGUUUUGCUUUGUUUGUAUUUUUAGUUAGCAGGAGUGUAGUGUGUGUUAUUUGUGAAUGCAUGAUAUUAGUAAGGCUCUGUUCUCUUGCAGUGACAAAAUAAACUUGCAGAAAAUGAAGAGAAUAGAAUGCUUAAUCCUUUGCAAUAUUACUGGGUAUUUAUCACAACAUUCAUUUUUGGUAUUUCUGCUACAGAAGAAACCUGCUGUGCUGCACUGUGAGUGUUAGACGAGCUGAAAGCCAUGUAAUAAGAAAACCGCACUGUUUUCUUAUUUGUUCUUAACUAGUGCUAGCUCCUUGUAAAGUGGUUUCUUUUCUUAAUAAAUGGCAAACUUCUGUAA